UGACCAAUCACAAGUUCAUUUUUUGGUCAACUGACCAAUCACAAGUUGAUUACGAAUUGGGAUGCAUCAAUAAUUACAAUCUCAUAAGCAUUUUCUUCUACAUUGAGCUACUAGCAAACUAAGCAACCAAAGAGAAAAAUGGCUGCCGCUUUGAUCGGAGAGGCUUUUCUCUCCGCUUCCAUCCAGGUGCUGUGUGACAAAAUUGCUUCAACCGACUUCAGUGACUUGUUCCGGCAGAAGAAGCUGGAUGAACCGCUCCUCAUGAAACUGAAGACGACGCUGCUCACCCUUUAUGCAGUGCUCAACGAUGCAGAAGAGAAGCAAAUUUCAAACCCUGCUGUGAGAGACUGGCUGGACGAGCUCAAGCAUGCUGUCUUCGACGCGGAGGACCUGCUGGAUGAGAUCGACACUGAAGCUUUGCGAUGCAAGGUGGAAGGUGAAGGUCAAACCGAGAAAUUAACCAAAAAGGUGUUGAACUUCUUCUCUCCUUCUCGUAGUAAUUUUUAUCGAAGCAUGAAUGUUGAGAUACAAGGGUUAUUACAAAGGCUGGAGGGCUUUGUGCAACAGAAAGUUGCCCUUGGUCUUACAGAAGUUGUUGGGAGGAAGGUUUCACAAAGAACUCCAACAACUUCCUUGAUUCAUGAACCUUUUGUAUAUGGAAGAGACGAAGAUAAAGAAAAUUUAUCAAAAGUCUUGUUCUCUGACGAUGCGAGCGAGGAUGAUGUAUCUAUCAUCACCAUUGUUGGUAUGGGCGGGGUUGGCAAGACGACCCUUGCUCGAGCCCUUUACAACGAUGAUAAGGUGAACGAGCACUUUACCCUUAGAUCUUGGGCAUGUGUUUCAGAAGAUUAUGAUGCUAUUAGGGUGACUAAAACUCUUCUCGAGUCGGUCACUUCAAAACCUUGUAACAUGACGGAUUUGAAUUUGCUUCAAGUUGAACUUAGAGAACAACUGAAGGGAAAGAAAUUCUUAUUUGUGUUGGAUGACCUUUGGAAUGAGAAAUAUUUUGAUUGGAAGUGCCUCCAAACUCCUUUUACCUCCGGGGCAAGGGGAAGUAAAGUCGUCGUGACAACACGAAGUGAAAAUGUCGCAUCUCUCAUGAAAAAUGUGCCCAUUCAACACUUGAAGCCUUUGUCGCAUGAAGAUUGUUGGAUGUUACUUUCAAAACAUGCGUUUGGAAACGAAAACCACAAUGCACAUCCAACUUUGGAAGAAAUUGGCAAGAAAAUUGCACGCAAGUGCAAUGGUUUGCCUUUAGCAGCAGAAACACUCGGGGGUCUACUACGUUGCCAGAGAGGCUUCAAGGAAUGGAAUAAAUUGUUAAAUAGUAGUCUUUGGGAGCUACCUUAUGAUAAAAGUGAUAUCCUUCCAGCCCUACGGUUGAGCUAUCAUUAUCUUCCUGCUCAGUUGAAACGAUGCUUUGUGUAUUGUUCACUAUUUCCAAAAGACUAUCAGUUCAAGAAGGAAGAUAUGGUUCUACUUUGGAUGGCAGAAGGUUUAAUUCCGCAAGGUUUUAACGGACAAAGAAUGGAAGACACGGCUGGAAGUUACUUUGAUGAACUAGUAUCACGAUCACUACUUCAAAAAUCAGGGGAGGAUGGUUUUACAAUGCAUGAUCUUCUUAACGACUUGGGUCGGUUCAUGUCUGGGGGAUUUUUUCUCAGGUUGGAAGAGAGGGAAUCACAAGAAGUUAAAAGACUUCGUCAUUUGUCAUAUGCUAGGGGAGAAUUUGAUGCUGCUAAAAAAUUUGAGCCAUUAAAUGGGGCUAAGUGUCUGCGGACCUUCCUACCUAUCUCAAUAAAUUACUGGUUUAAACUUUUCUACGUAAGUAAAAAGUUUCUACAUGAUUUGUUGCCAUCCCUGAAACGUUUACGGGUUUUAUCAUUGUCCCGUUAUCAAAAUGUUGCUGAAGUACCUGAUUCUGUGGGCAGUCUCAUUCACCUGCGCUACCUAGAUCUCUCCCGGACGGCAAUUGUAAGCUUACCUGGUGCAGUUUGCACUCUCUACAAUUUGCAGACGUUACUGCUGUCAGGUUGUCAUGCUCUCAUUGAACUGCCAGCAGACAUGAGAAAAUUGAUAAAUUUACGGACGUUAACGUUGGCAGGUUGCAGCUCCCUUACCAAAUUACCAGCAGAUAUGAGGGAAUUGAGUAGUUUGCAUUACCUCGAUGUCAGUGGAACAAACAUAGAAGAGAUGCCAGUGGAAAUUGGAAGACUAAAAAGUUUGAGAACAUUAACUGAUUUCGUUGUGGGGAAAUAUACCGGAUCUAGCAUUGGAGAAUUAAGGGAGUUGCAGCAUCUUCAAGGAAGACUUCGUAUUUCAAAUCUGCAAAAUGUAGUUGAUUUUGUGGAUGCUUUGGAAGCCAAUUUGAAGAAUAAGAAAGAACUCAAUGACUUAGAGUUGGCAUGGGUUGAUGAGGAAGCCGAUGAUUCCCAAAAGGAGAGAGAUGUGCUUGACAAGCUCCAACCUUCUGCAAAUUUGGAGAAACUGACUAUCAGAUUCUAUGGAGGAACCAGCUUCCCAAAUUGGUUAGGAAGCUCUAAUUCCUUCUCGAACAUACAGUUCAUGUGUAUCAGUGAUUGUAAGUAUUGUUUGUCCUUGCCAAGUUUUGGGCAGCUGCCCACUCUUAAAGAGCUACGUAUCAAAAGGAUGAAAUUUGUUAAAACGGUUGGUGUUGAAUUCUAUGGUGAUCUUAAUGGAGCUUCUGUAAUUCAGCCCUUUCGGUCUCUGAAGACGCUGGAGUUUGAGGAGAUGCCAGAGUGGGAAGAGUGGGAGAAUUGGCGACCGAGUCCAAGUGGAGCUUCUGUACUUCAGCCCUUUCCUUGUCUCCAGAAGAUGAUGAUAAGGAAUUGUCCGAAGCUGAGAGGAUACUUGCCCAAUCGUCUUCCAUGCUUGAAAACACUUAGGGUGUCUGGGUGUGAAUAUCUACAUCUGCAUGAUGAAUGGGCCAGUAGUAGUAGUAGUGGUCUUAACAUGGACUACUUACAGAAUUCAUUGGAAAUAGAUAUUGAUGGAUGCCCAGGUCUGUUACCAUUAAUAGAGAGAGUAGAGAAGUUGUCCAGACUUGGAAUUUCUAAUUUUGAUGCAAUACAGUGCCUGCCCAAAAUGAAAUAUCUUCGACGUUUGACUCUCUUGAAUUGCCCAACCGUGUCGUCAUUAGAGUUCUUAUCUCAUGAGAUGAUGGCCGAAUUGACAUCACUUGAGGAUUUGGAGAUCUGGAAUAGUUUUCAUUCAGUGAGGUCCUUCCCGUUGGGCGUUUUCCCCAAACUUUCAACUCUUCAUAUCGAUGGCUGUGAGAAUCUGGAAUCCUUUUCUAUUGAAGGAGUUGAUCAGAACCUAAGCCACCUCAACAACCUGCAAAUCUACCGCUGUCCAAAUCUGGCGUCUUUCCCGGACGGAGGAUUGCCCACCCUCACCGCCCUUGAACGAUUGGUAUUAAUCGAUCUUCCAAAUCUGGUAUCAUUUGCCCAAGGGGGUUUGCCUCCCAACCUGCAAUAUUUUGAUGUUACAGGUUGCGACAAAGUGAAGCCUUCAGUGGAGUGGGGAUUACAAGGACUUGUCUCCCUUAAACAAUUUACAAUUGCUGGCGAGAUCUGGGCACCGUUGCUCAAGGAACAGCUCCUGCUCCCUACUACUCUUAACCGUCUCCGCAUCACUGGACUAUCAAGUCUGAAAUCGGUGGUGGACGUAAAAGCACUUCGACACCUCGCUUCUCUUCACCGGCUAACCAUUGGUGAUUGCCCAAGUCUGGAAUUCCUGCCACGAGAGGGACUUCAACACCUCACUUCUCUUCAAGAUCUAAUUAUUCGUAAUUGCCCAAGUCUGGAAUUCCUUCCAGCAGAGGGACUUCUACACCUUACUUCUCUUCAAAAGCUACACAUUCGUGGGUGUCCAAAACUCCAAUUCCUGCCAGAAAACGGUUUGCCGCGCUCUCUUUCUUGCCUGGAGAUCUACAAUUGUUCCACCCUGGAGAAAAGGUACGAGGAUAAGAAGGGAGAAGAUUGGGCCAAGAUAUCUCACAUUCCUUGCAUACGGAUAAACGACGAAGUGAUCAUAUGAGCUCUGUCUCUCUCAUACAAAGUUGUGGCAUUUCACUCUCAGGAAGGAAGACACAUUAUCGCUACGUCUUUAACAUUUUCGGAUGGUAUGAAGAGGAUCAAUCCAGCAUAGUAAGCAUCAAAAGUGCAACAUGUAUAGAAGCCUACACAAACUUGCAUCCACACUUUCCUCCUCCUCCAUUGGGCAGGCUGUCUCGUUUUCUUUAUUCAGAUAAAUCUUUCGAGGUCUGUUUUCUGAUGUUUGCCCAAGUCUGGAAUCCCUGCCACGAGAGGGACUUCAACACCUUACUUCUCUUCAAUAUCUAACUAUUUAUAGUUGCCCGAGUCUGGAAUUCCUUCCAGCAGAGGGACUUCUACACCUCACGUCUCUUCAAAAGCUACUAAUUUCUGGGUGUCCAAAACUCCAAUUCCUGCCAGAAAACAGUUUGCCGCCAUCGCUUUCUUACCUGGAGAUCGACUCUUGUUCCACCCUGGAGAAAAGGUAUGAGGAUAAGACGGGAGAAGAUUGGGCCAAGAUAUCUCACAUUCCUUUAAUAAAGAUAGGCAAACAAGUCAUCAUAUCCGUAUGAGCUCUGUCUCUCUCAUACAAAGUUGUGCUUUUCGGCAUUUCACUCUCAGGGAAAAAUGGUGCUGUUAUCUGUUAAAUUCUCUGCAUCCGCAUUCAGAAGCCUAUUUUCGACAUGGGGGCACAAACUUGCAUCCACACUUUCCUCCUCCUCCAUUGGCAGGCAGGCUGUCUCGUUUUCUUUAUUCAGAUACCAGCUUGAUGCUUGCGUAGAUACUUUAUGCUCUUGUGGUUCUGAUCAUAUAAUCUUAGCUGACAAAUGGAAAGAUGUGUGCAGUUAAAUCUUUGGAGGACAUGCUCAUUUAUGGCCCUUGUGGAUGCAGCGGUGAGCUAACUGUGGUGUGGAACUGUAAAGUAGAAUUACCCUAGGAAACAGAUGCUAGCUUGCAUUAAUUACUGGGCCUGUCUGGCAAGAGUAAACAGCAGUGGCAUGCUUUUCUAGUUUUCUUCCGAUGUCCUAGUGAUCUUCAUGCUCGUGCAAGAGAUAUCAUAGUCUUUAUUGUGGAACUUAAGAGGCAAUUGUCUGAGGCAACAGAUGUUAGCUCACAUCAAUUUCCAAAGCAUUUUUGGCAUGAAGAUGAUGCACCUCUAAAGGAAGAUGAUGGAACCCCGGGAUGAUAUAUUUCUUUGUCAUACGGGCGUGGUUUGAAUACGGUGGCCUGCUAUCUCAUCUUCUUUCAAUGCCAUUAUCAUCUUCAAGUUGGUGUAUCUACGCUUUUCUUUACAAAUGUAAACUGGUAAUAGAUGUUUAGUUGGAUACCGCAGAUGAGCUUUAAUUUACGUUCUCUCUUACCAUGGAACAUCUUAUGCAGAGGAUAUGAUGCUUCGUUUUAACAAAUGUUAACUGAAUAUAUGUUUCAGUUUUGUCCCUCACAA